CACCCUGUCCUCCGCUCCCCUUCCUCGGUUCGCUUCCUUCCUCCCUCCUCCAGUCAUCUAGCUUAGUACUAUUUAUGCCACUCCCAGCCGGGUGGGAACGGCCAGUGUCAGCGUCUCACACCCUGAGGCCGCGCAGAGCCACUGCUUGCGCUCUCUCGCUGUCUCACACCAGCCCUUCCACCUCCACCCUGCAUUGUUCGUCGUUCCUCCUCCUUCCGCGUCUUGGAGCGUGAGAUCUUGCCUCGCGGAAUGGCGGCGUCCCGGGCAUGGCUGGCCCGUGCCACGGCGGCGGCGGUGCUGGGUUUCGUCCUGGUGGUGGCGUCAGCUGAGGCGGCAUCGGGGGACGUGGAGAUGGUGUUCCUCAAGGCCGCAGUGGCCAAAGGUGCAGUGUGCUUGGACGGCAGCCCACCGGUUUACCACUUCUCUCCCGGCUCUGGUUCUGGCGCCGAUAACUGGGUGGUUCACAUGGAGGGAGGAGGGUGGUGCAGGAAUCCUGAUGAAUGUGCAGUCCGGAAGGGCAACUUCAGGGGCUCCUCCAAAUUUAUGAGACCACUCUCAUUUUCAGGGAUAUUAGGCGGCAGCCAAAAAUCCAAUCCUGAUUUCUACAACUGGAAUAGAAUAAAGGUCAGAUACUGUGAUGGUUCAUCAUUUACUGGUGACGUUGAGGCUGUGGACACUGCGAAAAAUCUCCAUUACAGAGGGUUCAGAGUUUGGCGUGCCAUCAUGGAUGAUCUACUUACUGUGAGGGGAAUGAACAAGGCAAAAUACGCUCUUCUUUCUGGAUGUUCAGCCGGGGGUCUAGCAGCAAUACUACAUUGUGAUAGGUUCCGUGAUCUGUUUCCAGCGACAACAAAGGUCAAGUGUUUUUCUGAUGCUGGAUAUUUUUUCGAUGGGAAGGAUAUCUCUGGGAACUAUUACGCCAGGUCAAUCUAUAAGAACGUUGUGAAUCUACAUGGAUCAGCCAAAAAUUUACCAGCUUCAUGUACCUCAAAGCAACCUGAGCUGUGUAUGUUCCCACAGUACGUAGUACCGACAAUGCGUACACCAUUGUUCAUACUUAAUGCAGCCUAUGAUUCAUGGCAGGUCAAGAACGUCCUAGCACCUAGUCCAGCUGAUCCGAAGAAGACUUGGGCCCAAUGCAAACUUGAUAUCAAGAGCUGCUCCCCCAGCCAACUCACAACCUUGCAGAAUUUCAGGACAGACUUUCUGGCAGCACUUCCUAAAACUCCAUCUGUAGGCAUGUUCAUCGACUCAUGCAAUGCUCAUUGCCAAUCAGGAUCUCAAGAUACAUGGCUAGCCGAUGGUUCUCCCACGGUUAAUAAGACGCAAAUUGGCAAGGCAGUGGGGGACUGGUACUUCGACAGGGAGGUCUCUCGGCAGAUUGAUUGCCCGUAUCCCUGCAACCCAACUUGCAAGAACCGUGAGGAUGACUGAGCAGUUGUAUAAGUAGUUCCAGUCAAAUAUGUUGUGUUGUUAUUCAAAAAAAAAUGUUGUGUUAUUAAAGUGCAAACAAUAAAGGGAUCACACCUCGCCCGUAGUUGUAGAUGAUCAAUUAUAAACACA